AUGCUGGAAGCGAAGCUGAACAAGGAACAAAAGCUGUACGACGACUACAGGAAGUUCAUGCAGGAGUACAUCGACCUGGGACACAUGGAAAGAGUUGGCACUUUCUCUCUCGCUGAACCACAAGAACUGCCCUACUACUUUUUGCCGCAUCACGCCGUCGUCCGACCCGAAAGCAGACAGUCCCUGAACGACCAACUCUUGGUAGGACCGACCCUCCAACCCCGCCUGAUCGACAAUCUGCUCAGUUUUCGAACGUACAAAGUCGUAGUCACCUCGGACGUCGCAAAAAUGUUCCGGCAAAUCGAUGUCCGGAAAGAAGAUCGUCGAUUCCAGCAGAUCCUGUGGCGAACCAGUCCCGACGAAGACAUCGACGUCUAUCAACUGACGACAGUCACCUAUGGCACCGCUUGCGCUCCCUUUUUGGCAACCCGGGCACUGCUGCAAACCUGUACCGACGAAGCUGAGCAUUUCCCCCUCGCAGCGAUCUUCGGCAAGAACUCGGUGUACAUGGACGACGUGCUUUUUGGAGCCGAGACAGUCGAAGAAGCCCUCGAAAUGCAGCGGCAGUUGACCGGAAUGCUCGGAAAGGCGGGAUUCGAGUUGCAAAAGUGGUGUUCCGCAGCGAAUUAUUGGCCGGCAUACCAGAGGACAAACUGGAGCAGAAAUUUCGACAUCCACUCGAUUGCGUUUUCGGAAGGACCUCCAACUAAGCGCAAAGUUCUCUCGGACAUCUCCAAGUUCUUCGAUCCGUGUGGACUAGCAGCUCCAGUGGUCAUGACGGACAAAAUCUACAUGCAAGACCUGUGGCGAGGAAAGAAUAAGUGGGACGUAGCACUCAAGGAAGAUCUGGCCAAGCUGUGGAUCGAGUACAGGGACGAGUUGUCGGAGAUGAAAACCAUCAGGAUCAGUCGCUGUGUGCUUCCCCUUCGUAGAACGGUCUUUGUCGAGUUGAUUGGGUUCAGCGAUGCGUCGCAAAAGGGCUAUGGGGCAAAUUUCUCGCUCAACUAG